AUGAGAGAGAAAGUAAGAGGAAAAAACACGUUCUCUCUUUGCGAGGUCCGAAAGUGGAGAACACAUAGCAUUCUCUGGGCACAUAGGAUCAAACGUAAAGCAGCGCUUUCUUGGCAGAGUUUUAGGCGGCAAGAGACUUUAGGGCUUGUUGGAGCUUCUGAGCAUAACGAAUCGAAGCCGAAGACGGAUCAAGGUAGCUUGCCUGCCAAGCCGAUAGGCGAAGUGCCGAAGGAUGGAGCGUGCAAAGUCGAUCGUGCCCCUCUCAGAAUGCCUAAUGCCUAUUAUCUAGUUCUAGAAGCUAACCACCAGAAGCUCACCCUUCGGGUAUCGCUUCCAGCGCAGGAGGCCAAGCAUUCUGCCAGACGUCCCGGCCUGGGAGCCCCGUUCGCCUUUGAUACUUCAGUAGAUCUUCAAAAAGAAAAAGAAAGACUUCAAUGCAGCCUUAACUACAACUACAUUACGCAAGCUCCACCAAUACCUACCUAUAGAGUCAAAAAAGUACCCGUGACGGUGACUUUCUAG